AUGCUCGAUCCACUCACCGCAUUGGGUGUGGCUGGCAAUAUCGUGCAAUUCGUCGACUUCACCGUCAAAUUGAUGUCCAAAAGUCAUGAACUCUAUAAGUCUACAGAUGGAGCUCUGGUCGGGAACAAGGAUCUAGAAGCUAUUGCAGCUAAUUUGAAUCGAUUGACCGAAAGACUGCGAACAGACAUGAACCGCCAUCUACUCCCACCCGUCAAGGCCAUCAAACUCCGAGACGAUGUCUCUAGCAAACAAGCUGAGAGAGAGAGAGCUUUCACACUUCGAGAUUACACCCCGGAAAAUCGUGCUGAGAUAGAGCUUGGGGAAAUCAAUGCCAAAUGUGGCGAGGUAGCAGGCGACUUAAUCAGCAUUCUAAGAAUGUUCAAGGUGGAAGGGAAUAACAACAAAUGGAAAAGUUUCAGGAUGGCACUCAAGACCGUCUGGGACGAGGAUCAAAUACAAAAGGCAGUGUCUAAGCUCACAGAGUGCAGGAAAGCACUAGACACUGAGCUUCUGAUAUCUUUGAGGACUAGCAUCAACGACGCGGCUUUGAAGCAGUCCGACGGCUUCAAGGCGCUCGACUCAAACACGCAAGAUAUCCACGAAACUCUGGACAAAAUCCGCACGGACAACAAGACAAACCAACAAGCAAUCAUAAGGGCUAUCAAGGAGCAUCAAUGGCACGGGGAUAAUCCAAUGCAUGUGGCGGAAUUCUCAGUCAGGAUUACAGAUAUGGUGGAGCAGGAGAGGAUUGCUUUCCUGCGAGAGAGAUUCCUGCACCGACUUAGCUUUAUGAGCAUGUCCGACAGGCAAGAAGAGAUAGUUGCCGCUCACAAUGCGACUUUUGACUGGAUUUAUAACGUAACCGCCGACCAAAGCUGGAGCUGUUUCAAAACAUGGCUUCGGCAGGGAAAUGGGAUCUAUUGGGAAAUAUGCCCCUCAUCACCGCGAGCUAUUACUUCUGGAACUCUGGAACGUCAAUGCAGAAGUCUCAGACUGGUCUUCUUCAGUCUCUCCUUUACGAAUCACUCAUUCAAUGCGAAGAGUUAA